AUGAAUAAAGUUUUAUUAACAAAUAGAACUUUUUCAUUGUUAAAAAAUAAUUUUAAAAAUGUUCCAAAAUUAAACAUUUUUAAUAUAAAAAAUAUUCAAAAUAAAAAUUUUACCACCACUACCACACAAACCAAUAAUCUUAAUAACAAUAUUAAAAAUAGCCAUGGCAAUAAUAAUAACAAUAAUGAUUUAAAUAAUAAAGUUUUAAAUAUAACUAAAAGAUCAAAUACAUGCGGAGAUUUAAAUAAGAAUGAUAUUGGCAAAGAAGUUUUAAUUUAUGGUUGGAUUAAUUCAUUUAGAAAGUUUGGUGAUCAAGUUUUUAUGGUAAUUAGAGAUGGUCAUGGCAAGGUUCAAGUUAUUAUUAAUUUAAAUGAGAGUAAUAGCAACAGUAAAAAUAUUAUUAAAACUAUAUUAAAAUCAAGUGUUCCAAAUAUCGAUAUCGAUUCAAAUAAAAGUAUUGAAGAAAAUAUCAAACUAUUUAAAUUGGAAUCAAUCGUUUCAAUUAGAGGCAAGGUUAUUGGUAGACCAGACGAUAUGAUUAAUCAAAAGAUGAAAACGGGAGAAAUUGAAAUUGAGGCUAGCGAAAUUCAAUUAUUAAACAACUGUGCAGAUUUACCAUUCACAGUUGAGCAUGAUGGUGUUUUAGCAUCGGAAGAACUUCGUUUAACAUACCGUUAUGUAGAUUUACGUAGAGAUCAAGUUCAAAGCAAUAUUAGAUUACGUUCACGUUUAUCGAUGGCUGCUAGAAACUAUUUAGUUGGUCAAGAUUUUAUCGAGGUUGAAACACCAACUUUAUUCCGUCCAACACCUGAGGGUGCAAGAGAGUAUUUGGUGCCAACUCGUAAUCAUGGUCAAUUCUAUAGUUUACCACAAAGUCCACAACAAUACAAACAACUUUUAAUGGUCGGUGGUGUCGAUAGAUAUUUCCAAUUGGCACGUUGUUAUAGAGAUGAAGAUCUUCGUUCCGAUAGACAACCAGAAUUCACUCAAAUCGAUAUGGAGUUAUCUUUUGUAAACUGUGAAAUGAUCUAUACCAUCAUCGAAGGUCUAUUGAAGAAGCUUUGGAAAGAGGCAGGUUUCAACAUUGACUACAAAUUCCCAUUCUAUACAUACGAACAAGUUUUAUCACGUUAUGGUAUCGACAAACCAGAUACCCGUUAUGCUCUUGCAGAACCAUCAAAUAGCUUUAAAGAAUCAAAACCAAUGAUCAAAUGUAUUAAAUUAUCAAAAGUAUUACCAACCCUAUCAAAAAGCGAAUUAGAACAAUUGGUUAACGAUUCAAAGUUUUUAGUUAAAGAAGCCCCACACGGUGUCGUUUCAGUAGCAAUCAAUAAAAAAGAUGGUGAAUGGAAGUCUAGAAUUUCUAAAUUCCUUUCAGAGAAAGAAAAACAACAAUUAGUAGAAAGAAUGGAUAUAGAAGAUGGUGAUGUACUUUUAAUUGCCGCUGGUCCAAGAUGUAAUGUCGAAUCUUUACUUGGUAAAGUACGUAUUCAAAGUGCACAACUCUUAAAGAAAAAGAAACUAUUAGAAAUCGACGAUAAACAAUUCAAUUUCUUAUGGGUAGUAGAUUUCCCAUUAUUCACACCAGAAAGUUAUUUAAAUGAAAACUCACCACUUUUAUCCACUCAUCAUCCAUUCACUGCACCACAUCCAGAAGAUAUCGAUAUUCUUUUAAAUGAAAAUAGUAAACCAUCAGAUUACUCGAAAAUCAGAGGUCUUCAUUACGAUAUUGUAUUAAAUGGUGUUGAAAUGGGUGGUGGCUCCAUUCGUAUUCACAAUCAAGAUGUUCAAUUAAAGGUUUUAGAAAAAGUAUUAAGAUUACCACCACAUUUAUCAAAUCGUUUCAGUCAUUUAAUCAAUGCAUUAGCUAUGGGCUGUCCACCACAUGGUGAUUGGUUUGGUUUACUACCAGAUAUAAAUGAAUUACCACCAUUUUUGUCAGUUUUAACAUUUAACAAUCUUAUAAAACACAAUGAUCUUCAAUUAUUUAAACCAGGCUCAUUACCAAAUAGUCUCACAACACUCACACUCGGUCAUCAUUUUAACCAAGUAAUAACACCAGGCACAUUACCAAAUAGUCUCACAACACUCACAUUCAGUUAUUAUUUUAACCAAGUAAUAACACCCGGCACAUUGCCAAAUAGUCUCAAAACACUCAUUCUCAGUCAUAAAUUUAACCAAGUAGUUACACCCGGCUCGUUUCCAAAUAGUCUCACAACACUCACAUUCGGUCAUGAUUUUAACCAAGUAAUAACACCAGGCACAUUACCAAAUAGUCUCACAAAACUCAGACUCACAUUCGGUCAUGAUUUUAACCAAGUAAUAACACCAGGCACAUUACCAAAUAGUCUCACAACACUCACAUUCGGUCAUGAUUUUAACCAAGUAAUAACACCAGGCACAUUACCAAAUAGUCUCACAAAACUCAGACUCGGUGGAUUUAACCAAGUAAUAACACCAGGCACAUUACCAAAUAGUCUCACAGCACUCACAUUCUAUAAUAGAUUUAAACAAGAAGUUAAACCCGGCUUAUUACCAAAGAGUCUCACAACACUCACAUUCGGUGAAAGUUUUAACCAACUAAUAACACCAGGCACAUUGCCAAAUAAUCUCACAACACUCACACUCGGUGGUUUUAACCGACUAAACCCAGGUUCAUUGCCAAAUAGCCUCACAACACUCACAUUUGGUUAUUAUUUUAACAAAGUAGUUAAACUAGGCGUAUUGCCAAAUAGUCUCACAACACUCACGUUCCGUGAAAGAUUUAACCAAGUAGUUAAACUCGGCUCAUUACCAAAUAGUCUCACAACACUCACAUUCGGUAGUGAUUUUGACCAAUUUUAUUCAACAACAAUAACAACCACUGCCACUGCCACUGCCACUGCCACAACUACAACUACAACUAAUUCAAAGACUAUCGAAGUCGCACAAGAAAAAGGUAAAACUGAAAAACUUUUUAUCUUUGUUGGUAAUGAACCAGUAUCUGGUAAAGUUUCAAUUGCUUUAAAAGAAAAAACAAAGAAGAUUGAACACACAGGUAUUAAGGUUGAAUUUGUUGGUCAAAUUGAAUUAUUUUAUGACAGAGGUAACCAUUAUGAAUUUACAUCAUUGGUUCGUGAAUUAGCACCAGCAGGCGAAUUAACAGAAAAUAAAGAAUUUACAUACGAUUUCUUAAAUGUCGAAAAACAAUACGAAUCUUAUAAUGGUACUAACGUUCGUUUAAGAUAUUUUGUAAGAUUAACUAUUGGUAGAUCAUUUGGUACUAAUAUUGUCAAAGAAUAUGAUAUUUGGGUCAUCAAUUUCGAAAAACCACCAGAAAUUAACAGCAAUAUUAAAAUGGAAGUCGGUAUUGAAGAUUGUCUCCACAUUGAAUUCGAAUACAAUAAAUCAAAAUAUCACUUAAAAGACGUUAUCAUUGGUAAAAUUUAUUUCCUUUUAGUAAGAAUUAAAAUCAAAUACAUGGAAAUCGCUUUAAUAAAGAAAGAGUCAACAGGUUCAGGACCAAACGUUUUUAAUGAAAGUGAAACCCUUACUAAAUUUGAAAUUAUGGAUGGUGCACCAGUUAGAGGUGAAUCAAUUCCAGUUAGACUUUUCUUAUCAGUUUUUGAUCUUACACCAACUUAUAAGAGCGUUCACAAUAAAUUCUCUGUUAAAUAUUCACUCAAUCUUGCUCUUGUUGAUGAAGACGAUAAGAAAUACUUUAAAUCACAAGAUAUUUAUUUAUGGAGAAGACCACCAACCAAAUCAAUUGAAAAUAAACCAGCAACCACCACUACCACUACCACAACCACUACUAAUACACUAGAAUAA